CUGCCGCCGACCAACCUUGUUCCCUUUCAACCCGCUAUCAGUUACGCUCCGUAUAUUCUUCUUCGUUCCUCUAGAAUGUCCUUCUCUAUUGUAUCACCGUGAAAAAGAGAUUCCUCAACCCUGGGAACAGUUCCUCUGUCCUUCUCACUCACUUAUCAUGUCCUUCGUUUAGAAAAAUCCACUGUUUCAGUAUCCGUACUCCGGAGGUACCUUUUUUUCUUCCAAACAGGUGCCAGUCACUCGUUUUGUUUUCCCAGUUCAUUUCCACCUGUACCGAGUACAAAACAAACCGAUCCUUGUCAACCCACCAUACAAUACUCGAAUACACCUCGUGUGCAAGCUCCCCACGAAAGUCCAUCGUCUCCCAGUUAUAUAGAGUUACCACCUAGGAACGAACAAUGGCUCCUCAAGAUGGUGUCGCGACCAUCUAUGGGGUCCCCACGAAAUACGCAUCGCUCUUGACCCUCGUCAUCCAAAACUCCUCUCUCGUCCUGAUCAUGAGAUAUUCCCGAAUCCUGCCUGGCCCGAGGUACCUCAGCUCGACCGCCGUGGUGUUGUCGGAACUCCUCAAAUGUAUAAUAUGUCUCACCGUCCACCUACGCGAACAACGGUCCCAGUCGCAGUAUUCCAGACUCCCCUCCUUCGUCGCGGCAGACGACAUGGGCAACACCGCAUCUUCCAACCCGCCUUCUUACACCCUCCACCACCUCUGGGCCGACAUCUUCAGCGUCAAGAGUGGCUUCCUCAAACUCCUCGUCCCCGCCGUCCUAUACACCCUACAGAACAACCUCCAAUUCGUCGCCGCGUCGAACCUGGACGCCGCCACGUUCCAAGUGACGUACCAAUGCAAGAUCCUGACCACGGCCUUGUUCGCCGUGCUGAUGUUGGGUCAGACCCUGUCGGGGAAGAAGUGGUUGGCCCUCGUGAUCCUCACCGCCGGUGUGGCCUGCGUCCAGAUCCCCUCCGGGAGCAGCAGCACGCAAACCACCACCACCCGUCAGGAGGGCAACUACAUGCUCGGGAUCGUCGCCGUCGCCGUGGCCUGCCUCUGCUCCGGCUUCGCGGGCGUCUACUUUGAAAAGGUGCUCAAGGGCGGCCACACGGCCUCGAUCUGGGUGCGCAACAUCCAACUGAGCAUCGGCUGCCUCGCCAUCGCCCUCUUCGGCGCCUUCGUCUGGGACGGCCGGGCCAUCCGCGCCGAGGGCUUCUUCCAGGGCUACAACCCCGUCGUGGUCCUGACCAUCUGCACCCAGGCCGCCGGUGGGCUCAUCGUGGCCAUGGUCAUCAAGUACGCCGACAACAUCCUCAAGGGGUUCGCCACCUCCUUGUCCAUCAUCCUCUCGACCGUCGCGUCCAUCUUCAUCUUCAACUUUGUGCCCACAAUCUAUUUCCUUUUCGGUUCGGUGCUGGUCUUCUUGGCCACCUACCUGUACAGCAUGCCCGACACACCGAAAGCGAUCGACUCGGCCGACGGCGACGGCGCCGAAAAGUCCACGGACACGACGACGACCACCACCCCGACCGUCAACGUCGAAGAUUACGACGGAGAAAAACCCUCCGCCCCGUCGUCCACCACGAGAAAACCGUUCCGCGACGAAAGCGAUCUCGAGUCCGGUGACGAGAGCCACGACGGUGCCAGCAUCUACGACCCGGACGACGGGAACAAGAGCCGGAACUUUUCAAACUCGUUGAUCAACAAGUCGAUCCCGACGAAAGAGAAGCAGGUCUUGACGGAACUGGGUCACGUGGGAUAAGCUCAGCCCUUGCGUCUUUCUCAUGCGACGCAUCUCCCGAAUCUUGUCUACGAUGAGGAUGAAUUUUCUUUUUCUUUGGAGAUAUACAUGGAAUAUCUGGUCUUUUUUGGCAUCUUAGAUCCAGCGGGUCAUUGACGUUUACGUUUUUCUUUUUUGGCAUAUAGCACGGAGUCAGUCCUUGGAGGGGACCAUUCAAGAUUUUUCUUUUUUUUUUCUUGACGGCUGGUGGAAGGCACUUUACAGUAGCAAUGUCUUUCUUGGAUAAAAAUCUAUGAUUGACUAGAGUGGAUCGAUAUUUUGGGAAUCGAUCGAGUCUUUUAAAUACCCCCUGAUAGCUUUGUCAGGAUUGCUUGGAACGGGAAAACAAGAACAAGAACAGAAGAAAAACAGAUCGGAUCAGAACAGACUACUUUCGUAUCAAAAAGCUGAUCUUUCUGAAAUCAUGUCAUUUUGAUAAUACUCCGUACUGAUUAACAUAUUGGGUAGUAAUCUCGAACAAUAACCUCUAACA